CAAACCCAACAAUAAAUGCAAGUGUUUGAUAUCUUUCUAGUUUCUUCUGGCGGAAUCAGAAACGGGGAAGGAAAAGUUGGAACUUGGAAGCGAUAAAAUGGCCGGAGAGCAUAUUAUGAGGAGAAUUCCACGGAUUAAAUUCCCACAAAGACACCCGAAAUCUUCAUCUUCUGGUUCCAUUUCCAAAUCUCAUGCAAUGGCAAGGUCAGAUGUGCCGGCACCACCCUCUAACACUGCUGUAGGAGGCAAAGCUUCUCUUCAGCCUAAGCGUACACCAGUCUCUGAGAGAGAAAUAGAGACCAUUCUGCUGGGUGGGUGCUUCUGACUCAGCAACCGAUAUGGCUUAUGGCCAGUGCUAAUAAAAAUUCCUGUCUGGUUUCUGAGCCCAUGCUUUUGCUGUAUGAAAUGUUGAUUUUCACCUUUUGUUCGUGUCAUAUCUAUGAAAUUGUUGUAAUGAAAUGAUGGAGACCGUUAAUUAUUCUCAAAUAUGAUGCCAAAGAAUUCCUGAA